GUGGAAGAGGGAGAGAUCGGCGAGAAGGACACAAAGACCGACCUGAAGCUGCUGCUCCGGACGACGUUCAAGACCAGGCUGACUUGCAGCAUCAACAGGUACACGAUGAGCAACGAGCACCCAGUGAGCAUAGCCACCACGCAGGAGCUCAGGAAGAGCGGCACCCCAGAGGACAAGAAACGCCUGCAGGAGAUAGGGUCGCCAGCUCCGUCCCUCGCGAUGGCGGCCUUGGAAGGACUGCACAAAUGCGACGUGGGCGGCUCUAUGAAGGGCGCCAUUCAGAACCACUUGCUCCGAGCGGAGCCCGAGGACAUCGAGGCGGAAGCGGAGAUCUGCAAGGAAGAUCCCCUCGUCGUCGUCCCCUUUGUGCGUCUGGAGAAGCGCUACGACGACACCAAGACGAAGCUGGCGAUCGGCGCGCCUACGUGGGAGGGCCGAGUCCUGAUCAGCCGCACCCUCGAGGCCGAGGGCCAAGCGGUCCACCACAGAGGCGCGGCCCCAGCAGGCUGGCUCGAGGAGGAGGUCGGCCACUGGCUGGAGACGCUCGAGCAGUGA